GCACGUCCUCCCUCGCCUUCCUCCCCACCGAGCCCGGCCCCGUUCCUGCCCGCCCCGCUCCGCUCCGGCCCGCUCCGCUCCGGUCCUGGCCGGGCAAUCGGUCAGCAUGCCUAACUGGGGUGGAGGAAACCCAUGUGGGGCCUGUGGAAGGACCGUGUACCAUGCUGAAGAGGUGCAGUGUGAUGGAAGAAGCUUUCACAAGUGUUGCUUUCUGUGCAUGGUGUGCCGGAAAAACUUAGACAGUACCACAGUAGCAAUUCAUGAUGAAGAGGUAUACUGUAAGUCCUGCUAUGGAAAAAAAUACGGACCCAAGGGUUAUGGCUACGGACAAGGAGCCGGCACCCUUAAUAUGGACCGGGGGGAACGGCUGGGCAUCAAGCCUGAAAAUGUACAACCUCACAGACCUACCACGAGUCCAAAUGCUUCCAAGUUUGCCCAGAAAUUUGGAGGGGCUGAAAAAUGUUCUCGGUGCGGGGAUUCUGUGUAUGCUGCUGAGAAAGUAAUAGGAGCUGGAAAGCCUUGGCAUAAAAAUUGCUUCCGAUGUGCCAAAUGCGGCAAGAGCCUGGAGUCUACUACUCUGACCGAAAAAGAAGGGGAAAUCUACUGUAAAGGUUGCUAUGCAAAGAACUUUGGACCGAAAGGAUUCGGCUAUGGCCAGGGAGCUGGGGCACUUGUCCACGCACAAUAAAGGAAUGAAACAGCAGCUAGCAUCAACCUGGCCAGCUUUCUUCACAUCCAGACACAGAUGAUCUCUUGUCACUAAACUACUGUGAAACUAUAGCCAGCAUUUGUGUACUGUAUCGUUAAUGGCCCCUACAGAGCCCCACCUCUCGGAAAAUGAAAAUGUCACCUUCGUGCUUCAAAAUGAACACCCCAUGUAUCUAAGCUAUAUUGUAUUGCUGUAGCGUAUUGUCAUUUCUUCUAAAUAAAGUUUCAUAUAGGUCC